AUGUCGGGCCUCUACAGAAGGUGCUCGGGGGGCUUCACCCACUUACUCGUCAUGAUCGACAAGUUCUCUAAGUGGAUUGAGGUCCGCCCCAUCACCAAGAUCAAGGUCGAACAAGCCGUGCUAUUUUUUACAGACAUCAUCCAUCGAUUCGGAGUCCCAAACCUCAUUAUCAUGGAUAACGGCAUGCAGUUCAUAGGUCAGAAGUUCCUAGACUUCUAUGACAGACACCACAUACGUGUGGACUGGGUGGCAGUGGCUCAUCCAAAGACCAAUGGGUACGUGGAACAUGCCAAUGGCAUGAUCCUCCAAGGUCUAAAGCCCAGGAUCUUCAACCGGUUGGACAAGUUUGGGAAAAGAUGGCUUAAAGAACUACCGACCGUUGUCUAG